AUGGUUUGCACGGAGGAAGUGAACGUUAACACAAUGACGAGCUCACAAGCAGUGCAAUACAUGCGGGAGGACAAAUGCGCGCGCUUCCUCCUAGCCAGUCAGCCAGUGUUGGGUCGCUGCUUUGUAAAUGUGACAACCGCCGCCCUGGAUGUGAUACGGGAAGUCACCAAUGGUACUCUCAACCUAGGGGAAGACGAGAUUGUCGAUCAGCUGGCCAAUCUUAUAAAGUUCGACCAGCUGUCAUCGCAAAUAGUCCAAGAUUUGGUACAGUCUAGAUGGUACUUGGCUGGCGCUCUGGUGGCUGUCUUCGUUCUCUGCUUCAUAUACAUUUUGCUCCUUCGAUGGGUCGUCGCACCAGUGGUUUGGGUCUCAAUAGCUGCUUUUUUAGCAUUACUUUGUUUCGCUAUGUACCUCUGUUACAAGAACUUCGAAUAUUACAAAGCAAAUCCAGUUGGGCUCUACCAGACGACCAAUUUGAAAGGAUACGCUCAAUCAGUAUUCGCGAAGCACCAGACGUGGCUCGUUAUACUCAUCGCGUUGGCUGUGAUAUUUUUAAUACUACUGCUGGUGGUCAUUUUUCUAAGAAAUAGGAUUUCAAUUGCUAUUGCACUCAUCCGAGAAGGAAGCAAGGCAGUGACUGCGGUCAAAUCGACAAUAUUGUUCCCAAUUUUCCCUUGGAUACUUCAAUGUGCUGUUAUCGCUUAUGGAGUCUUGGUUCUUAUGUUGCUCCUCUCUAUUGGAGAAUCUGCAUUUCAAGUGGUCAACCUACGUAAUGAUACCACUUGCAGCUGUGGCGGAGUCUAUACAGAGGAAGGACAAGCGUGUAACCCAGCAAAUUUUAUAAAAGUCUGUCAUGACACUCAGUCUGUUGGAGGAUUACUACCGUGUUCUUUAGCAUCAUGCCAUUUUACAGGCAUCGAUAAUCCGAAUAGUGUUAUUGCAUUGCAUCUGGUGAAUUUACUUGGCUUCUUUUGGACAAUGUUCUUUAUAAGUGGUAUCGCGGACAUGAUGCUUGCGAGUACAUUUUCCACGUGGUAUUGGACGUUCCACAAGAGGGAUCUGCCUUUCUUCACUUUAACUUCAGGAAUAUAUAGAGUUCUUCGCUAUCACUUAGGAACAGUGGCAUUUGGAGCACUAAUAAUAGCGAUAGUACGCGUAAUACGAGUCAUAUUAGAGUACUUGGAUCGCAAAUUGAAAAAGUUCGACAACCCAUUCACGAGGUGCGUAAUGUGCUGCUGCAAAUGCUUCUUCUGGUGUUUGGAGAGCUUCCUGAAGUUCAUCAACAAGAACGCGUAUAUUAUGUGCGCGGUUCACGGGAAAAACUUUUGCAAGAGCGCGCAUGACGCCUUUUCUUUGCUCAUGAGAAAUAUCGUUCGAGUUGUUGUUUUGGAUAAGGUUGCGGACUUCAUAUUUUUCCUGUCGAAACUGUUGAUCUCGAUCGGCGUCGGAAUUGGUGUAUACUACCUACUUGAGUGGAACUAUGUGUAUGAAAUAACAAAAGGGGAGCGUCUGCAUUACAACUACGUACCGGCGAUUAUACUCAGCGUCGCUACCUAUCUUAUUUGCACCAUAUUCUUCAAUGUCUACUCUAUGGCUGUAGACACGUUGUUCCUUUGUUUCCUGGAAGACUGCGAAAGGAAUGAUGGUUCGCCUGAAAAACCCUACUUCAUGUCUAAAAAUCUACUCAAAAUCCUUGGGAAGCGAAACAAGAAAUUAAAAUAA